AUGGGAGGUCGAUCUCCGCGGUCUCCAGGCGUGGUGGAGCGAUGGGCGGUGGAGGUGGGCAAGGACACGCAUCGCCUGUUGGAGUUCGUGCUGCAGGAGCCGGAGGUGGCGUCGCAGCGAGUGUCGCUCGUGCUCGUCUACGUUAUGAGCGAGGUCCCCUGCGCCAGUGAGUGUGACGCGCUUGCUCUCCUCGUCGCCGUUAACUCGUUUGGAGCGCGUCUUAAGGACAGCGUGCCGUGCGCUCUUCCACGUGGCUGUGUGCGCGCAGUGGGCAUAUCGUACAACGUGAGUCAGCUCGAGUCGCGCGUGGCGGACAUUCACGAGGCGCACGUGAUGGACACUAUUCUCAAGCCGCUCGUCAUGGAGCUGCACUUCAAGAAAAAGGUCCCACCGCAACCCCUUUCGCACUCCCGUGCGCCCUCCCGCUCCCUCGCAUCUCCGUGUCUCGCUUCCCUCACUGACUCGAUAGCCUUCGCUCUUUCCCCCCUGCUGCGUCGUUAUUCCCCGCCGUCAUUCACGGCCAUGCUCUCGCCGCAUUCCAUCCCUCUGCGGGUUGCUUCACUCCCCGCAGCUCGUCGCCACAGCGCACGUGGCGCGAGACGACAAGCCGGACGUGGGUCUGUGUCAGGCCGCCAUUCGCGUGGGGGCGUCGCGGCUCGUGGUGAACUCGCGGCACUCCUUCCUGCGCCCCAACCACAGCUUUGCGCACGGCUGCGCGCGCCACCUCGCGCCGCACCACUGCUCCGCUCUCCGCUCCACCCCCCCGCGCUUACCCGCGAUCAAGAUUCCGCCAUCGCGCAAGCUCCCACGCCCCCCCGCGAUCCCCGCUCCACCUCUCCGUCCCAGCCGCAGUCUCGCCGUCGCGCGCAGGUGCACGGGCAGGUUGCGCGGGCGUCGGGGGGCGACUUGGAGGCGGGUGCGCGGCUAACUCCGCGCCACUCCUCGUCCGCCUGCGCGCCCUCCGUCAUUCCCGCGUCUCCUGACCAUCACCUUCACGAAGCUUCGCAGCAGCGAUGGGGAAGGCCGAUCAACGGGGCAGGGGGGGCUGUGGGGGGGGAUGGUGGGGAAGGAAAGGGGCGCGGGGGAGCGGAGCCGGCACGGGAGAUGCACGCAUCAGCACGAGGGGGUGGCGUGGGGAGCAGAGAAGUGGCGGUGUCUAGCUGGGCGGAGAGACAGGCAGGGGCGGCCGUGGUGGAGGGGAGUUACGCGCGGAGCGAGGGAGGGGAGAGUAGAAGGUCGGUGGUGGAUGAAGCAGCGGAGGCAUGGACGGGGAGCAGCAAGGGGGCGAGGCGAGGGCGAGGCGCAUGCAGGGAGAGCGAGAGGGAGGGUGAGAGCGAUAGCGAAAUGGUUAAGAUGCGACAAGAGCUGCACGAGGCGCGGUGCAUGGUGCAGCAGCUGCACGCGGAGGUGGACAUGGCGCGCGCAGCAGCAGCAGAGGCGGUGGCGCUGGCAGCGGCGGCGCAGGGGGAGAGGGAGAUGCUGCAGUACGAGUUCCGCGAGUACUCGCUGCACCACCUGCACACCGCCACGGACGGCUUCAGUGAGCAGCGGCUGAUCGGGCAGGGCUCCAGUGGGCGCGUGUACCGCGGGGAGAUCAACCACACGCCUGUUGCCAUCCGCCGCCUUGAUGACUCCCUUGACUCUGCUCUGCAUGAGUUUGACAAGGAGGUGCGGCUGGGCAGCAGGCUGCGGCACCCCAACAUAGUGUUGCUGCUGGGGUGCUGUCGCUCCCCCCCGUGCAUAGUGUACGAGCUCAUGCCCAGUGGCUCGCUGUAUCACCGCCUGCUCUGCACCAACAACUCGCCCCCCCUGCUCUGGCACCAGCGCUUUGACAUCGCUGCCAACAUUGCUGCUGCCCUCGCCCACCUGCACUGCCGGGAGCACCCGAUAGUGCACUUUGACUUGAAGCCCACGACGGUGCUGCUGGGGCGGCAGCUGGAGGCGAAGAUAACAGACGUGGGGGUGGCGCGCAUGAUGAAGCGCACGGCGGGCGACGACAGCAUGUCAGGCCCCAUGGACGCACUUGGCUUCGGCUACGCGUGCCCUGAGCUGCUGCGCUCCAACGCCUUCUGCAGCCGCACCGAUGUGUAUGCGUUCGGCAUGCUGCUGUAUGAUUUAUUGGGCGCCACCACUAGCGGAGGCCGCGUGAAAGGGCUCAUUGCACAGCUGGAUGAGGCUGCUGCGGAGGGCGACCUGGCACUGCUGCACAGCCUCACGGACCCUGCUGCGCGCUGGCCCAGUAAGGUGGCUAUGGAGGUGGCGGCGCUGGCGCGGCAGUGCACCGCUGUCAAGCGCCGCGACCGGCCGGAUGUUGCGGGCGGCGUGCUGCCUGUGCUGCAGCAGCUGCGGCCGGCAGUGGAGUCAUUCCGGGCGGCGGAGGAGGCGGAGGCGGCGACUUUGGCGCUGCAGCAGCAGCUGGUGCUGCAGCGGCGGCAGGCGCAACUGCAGGGCAUGGAGGGCGGCGGUGGUGGUGCGGAGGAGGUGGUGUGGGAGGUGGCUCCUAACGCCUUCAGAUGCCCCAUCACCCUGGAGGUGAUGCAGUGGCCGGUGGUGGCAGCGGACGGGCACACAUACGAGGAGAGUGCGCUGCGCGAGUGGCUGAGCGUGAGCUCGCUCUCCCCCAAGACGCUCAUGCCACUGCCGCACCUGCACCUCACCCCCAACCACGCGCUGCGCUCGCUCAUCCGUGACUGGAUGGAGCGCAAGAAGCUGUCAGGCGCGCCCCCACGCACACCUGAUGGCUCCGGUGCACAUGCAGGAGGCGCUGUCCCGGGAGGGUAG